AUGAAAAAUAUGGCAAAGUUACGUUCUCGAAUAGCAACAUCCAAAGCGAAAGAAGCUACAAAAAUUGAAAAACAUUCUAUAAAGAAAAGAGUGACAAAGAAUAGUACUCAAAAAGCAAUUAUACAAACGUUUGAAGCAAAUGAUGAAGAUAUUAAAACUGUUCAUCCAUAUCCAAGGACUCAAAAAGAAAGAAAUGGAUUCAUCAAUUCUAAAACGGGUAGAAAAGUGACUGCCUUUCAAUUCCAGGUAUAUGAUCUUAUUGAACAGAUACCAAAAGGUCAAGUUACUUCUUAUAAAAUCUUGAGUGAUGCCUUAAAAUCUUCCCCUCGUGCUGUUGGUCAAGCUUUACGUCUCAAUCCCUUUUGUCCAUUACCUAUACCUUGUCAUCGAGUCAUUGCCUCUGAUUAUACUCUAGGCGGCUUUGGGGGUGGCUUUGGUGACCAUCAAUUAACUGCAAAUAAAAAGGCUAAAUUAGAGGCAGAAGGAUGUGUUUUUGGCGAUCAUUAUCUUUAUAAAAAUGACGCUAAUGGAUUAAGAACCUUUUUUAGUGAUUUUGUAACAAAUAAAAUCAAAUGA